AAACAGCGGGAGACAAUUUUUGACGUGCCCGACGAACUAAAAACUAUCCUUGACCGCCGAUAGUGUAAACACUCAAAACACUAAAAUUUUGAAUAAAUAUUGAGUUAAAUUGAAGUUAUUUCUGUGAUAACUAUAACUAACGAAUCAAAUAUAACAUUCAGACACUAAGUAUGUCACUCAUAAAGAAAUUAAUGGGUCAGUUGAAGAGUAAGGAGUUUAGAGAUUAUUUAAUGAGCACACAUUUUUGGGGUCCAGUUGCCAAUUGGGGUAUACCACUGGCUGCCAUUGCUGAUACUCGAAAGGAUCCAAAAUUUAUCAGUGGCAAAAUGACAUUUGCCCUGACGCUGUACUCCUUGAUGUUCAUGAGGUUCGCGUGGAAGGUUCAGCCUCGGAACCUGCUCCUCUUCGCGUGCCACUUCACCAACGAAUGCGCUCAACUGACGCAGGGCGCGCGCUUCAUCAACUACCAUUAUAUACAGGGCGAGAAGGAUCAACAGAAGUAGUCUAGUCACGGUACAGUAGUUCAAGCGAUAGGAACUAGUGUUUCUAACUUCUGUACCCCUAGUACUUUGGGUUUUUCUUCGACACAUGUUAAAGUCAUAUUAGCUCAUUCACUUGUAGGUUAUUUAAAACAAUACGAUUUGUCAGUUCUGGAGUUUAAAUGAAUACGUAAAUUUUAUGACUGUGAUAGCUCCAUGCAAUAUUUUAGUGAAAUGUUGCAAAUUAAUGGUUUUGGGUGUAGAUAUAUGCACUAUAUUGUUAUGUUGACAUGAAUUUCGUAAUUUCUGUAAUUGUAUGACGGGAUUGGAAUAUGUUUCCAAAACAGUUAAGGGGGAAUAUCAACACUAUUUAUUAAAAGUGCGUUUGGGAUUCAUUGUCAAUUUUUCGUUAUUGUUUCAAUUAUGGGGGCAUUGACCCAAAUUGCCUUCACUCCGUGACUAUAGUUAGUUUAAUUUUUUAAUGUAUUUUAGGUAAAAGGGGUUAGUGUUUGAUUUAAGGUUAAAUUUGUGUGAAUGACAGUGAAAAUGGGUGAAUAAUUUUACCUGUAGAUAUUUUUUAAAUUUUGAAAUGUGUAAAACGUACAACAAGUACUUUAGGUGUUACAAAUAAUACCACUAUAAAGAUAUCUUGAUCAGGACGUUCAGCUGAUGGUAAUUGAGACGCCCUGCCCAUAAUGCAGUGCCGCUCAGGAUUCUUUAAAAAACUCAAAAACUUAGUAGCACUACAACUAUUGUGCUCGUCACCUUGAGACAUAAGAUGUUAAGUCUCAUUUGACCAGUAAUUUUACUAGCUACGGCGCCCUUCAGACCGAAACACAGUAAUGUUUACACAUUACUGCUUCACGGCAGAAAUAGGCGCCGUUGUGGUACCCACUUGUGAUAAGUAUAAUGUACAUAUUAUGGUUUCUUUGCCUUUGAGCUAUUAGUCCCCAUCACUAAUUACUUCAUAUAUAACGAAGUGUAUAAUGCUAUACGAAAAUAUCAUAUUUUUAAAAGCAGCGUGGGGCUACAUACAAAAUUACCUCUGUUGGAAAAUAUAUUAAUUUGAGUGAUUUUUUUUAAUUUUUGACGUGAUAACGUUUUAUAAAUCAACUAGCUGACCCAGCAAACGUUGUAUUGCCGAUAUUAAAAUCGCGAUACAAAAGUAACUGUUGAUCGUAGAUGGGUGAAAAUUUGAAGUUGUCUGUAUUUUUAAUUGCUGACUCAUGAUCAAACAAAUUUAAAAAAAAAUGUCAAAAAAAUUAAAAAAAAAUAUUUCGUGUGGACCGCUAUAACGCUUAACAUUUAGGGGGAUGAAAAAUAGAUGUUGUCCGAUUCUCAGACCUACCCAAUAUGCACUCAAAAUUUCAUGAGAAUCGUUCAACCCGUUUCGGAGGAGUUCAAAGUUUAACACCAUGACACGAGAAUUUUAUAUAUUAGAUGAACGCCGGCUGCAUGCACGAAAAAGCUUGGCUAAUUUGACGUUCCUCCUGAGCCCAAGUGUAAGCGAGAGCGCUGAACAAGCGAUAGAGAGGCAAACACCAUUGGCCUAAGGUUAUUAUCACAUUAUUAUUGGUUUAAUUCAAGUAAAAAAAAGCAAUUGUGUGGUUUUAUGAAACCACGAUGCAAGUGAAACAUUGUUUCACAAAAUAACAUAGGUAUUAAUAUCAGCAUAGAAAAAAAAAACAAAUAUAUAUAUUAUGCUUUACAUUUUCAUAAAAUAAAAUAACCCUUAUCAAGUGUGUGGGGUUCGAACCUACUCUUCCACCCGAACGCAAUUGCAUCCAAUAUGGGGACUAUAGGCGCCGCCCGACCGUCACGCGACAUGCAACACACAGACGUAAAAGUUUGAGACGAUGUAAUAAAAGUUUCACUUUAAUAAUAUUUCGAAUUAAUGAGUUAGUUUAUCGAAAAAAAUUGCAAUUUUCAAGUAACUCCUUUGUAUUAUAUCCAAAAUAAUGAUAAUUCAGUGAUAAUAAUUCAAUUAAAUUCAUAAAAUUAUGCAAUUUUUCAUCAAUGUUUUGUUCCACGCUGUAUAAUCUACAGUAUGCUCAAAAGUUAAACUCUUUUUUUGGGUUGGAGUGUGUUAGAUGUGCCAUUAAAUGUCAGACAAAACCGAUAUGCGAUAUUAUAAUUAAUGAUAUUGUGCCAAAAUUUUUACUGAUGCAGAUAGAGAACACUCUAUUGAAUAUUUGUUUAUCAUAUUUUUUUAAUGUUAUACAACUAUUAUGAAUAUAUAGAACACUAGCUGACCCAGCAAACGUUGUAUUGCCGAUAUUAAAAUCGCGAUACAAAAGUAACUGUUGAUCGUAGAUGAGUGAAAAUUUGAAGUUGUGUGUAUUUUUUAAUGCUGACUCAUAGUCACCCUUAACAUUUAGGGGGAUGAAAAAUAGAUGUUGUCCGAUUCUCAGACCUACCCAAUAUGCACUCAAAAUUUCAUGAGAAUCGGUCAAGCCGUUUCAAAGGAGUUUAACUACAAACACUCACACACACAAUUUUAUAUAUUAGAUUAAACACAAGUGAUUAAAAUAAUAAGUAGUCGGGAACGAUAAGCCCGACCGCUGGUCGAUCGUUGGUGUAAGUAUUCGAUUGCACGUUAAGGCGUCACUUAUCAAAGAAAUAAUGAAUGACACCAUUGAUGCUUGCCAUAAAUAAUAACCUAUCUUAAUGUUUUCGCUCAACGCCAGUUAACCUAAUAAUUUACUUUUGUAUAUGCAGUUAUUUUAUUCCCAAUAGGUUUUUUUAACAAGAAUAUUUUACACUUUUGUGUUCAGAGAUUUUUUUUGUUGUUUUUAAACAUAAACUUAAAAUCGUAGAAAUUAACCUUAAAUGUAAUAUUAAUGAUAAUUAUUAUUGUGAAUUACAUAUUUAAUAUGAAUAUAACGUACAAAUUGCUGUUGAUUUUAUUAAUUUGUUGAUUGUUAUUGUUAAAAUUCAAUAAUUGUUGUUAGUUAAUUGAUGUCGAUGCUGACAUGAUACUAAGGAAGGAAUCGUUAACUGUGACUACUAAUCUCAUACUAAAUGUAUGAAAGUAACAUCAAAAUACGUAUCCCGUUUUUGUAUGGAGUGUGUUUUUUUUUCUUUGCAGUCACUAAAUUCAAAUUCGAAUGUUUUUAUUUAAAAUAGGAUGUGACCCAUUUGAAAAUGAAUGCCUCAAACAAAACCAAACUGCCAUAUAAAACAUUUAAUUAAGUAGUCAAAAAAUGCUACGUCAAUAAAUUUAAACACCUGCCUUUUUGUUAAAUUAAAUAUAGAAGUUUUUUUUUAAAAACAGCAACAUUACGAAGCAAAAAUAUACAGGGUGCCCCAAAGUUAUGGGAUAUGAAGGGAAAGUAUCUUAAAUAUCGAAGAUGUUAUUUUGAAAAGUUAGUACUUCUGCAUUCAAAGAUUUUCUACGAAUUACUUGCCUCGUUUGGGAAUCGAACCGACUGAAAUGUAAAAAAAAACCACCCCUACUUUUAUAAUGCCAAUCGAAAGAAUGGCCGAAAACUAAUAACUCUUCUUCCGGAAUUCCAUAACUUUGGGACAUCCUGUAUAGUCUUUAAGUCUUAAAUACUAGCCUUAUGUCAACAUGGUAUUUAUGAUAUCUGCCUUCAACUGUCAACGCCAAAAUGUUUGUUUAACAAAAACCGUAGAUAGAAAAGUAUUGAUCUUCUAUCUACGGCUGUGAGAGACCUACUCUCAAUUUGACAUUUUUGACGGAUAUUUGAAAGAGAAAACUUUGGAAAUGAAAAAAUUAUAAUCUGUGACUGUAUUGCUAGCGUGUACCACAGAGUAGUUUGAGUUAUACUGCAUGUACAAAUGCUAUACUUACAAAAUGGAUUAUUAUUUAUUUUAAGAUGAAAAAAAAAAAAACAUUAAUAUGACUGAUAAAAAUACCAGUGAAUGAUUUACAAUAAAUUCAUCAAAUCCAUACAAAAAUAAUCAUAAAAUAUGUCAAAUAACGCUAGAUUGGAAGGCCUAUAUCUAAAAAAUCUUUCAAUUAUAAAGCUUAAAAAAGAAAAGGCCACUUACGGACAUGUUUUUUUGGAUACCUCGCGUUCGAUUUUUAAAAAUAUGUCAUUUUACUGAUUAGGUAACGUAAUUCCUUUUAAUAUCAAUCCUAUGUUUUUUUUAUAUUUGCAACAGUUACGGUAUAAUCGCCUGAUCACCUUAACGAUUACAUCCUGUAUAUUAAAUUAAUAUCGCAAAAUAAUAUCGAUAAAUAUUAUAUUAUUAACUAUCUGUAGUGACUAGUGACACAUAACUUCCCUUCAGGCAGUUUGCAGUCUCGUUUGCCCUCCAUUACCUAAGAAAAGGUGAUCGGCAAAUUCGGGACUAAGUUAUUAGUUAUAUCGAUAUCGGGAUAUUUCUCACGUUUCGAGGAUUUCCUUGCUCAUUUAGUCUGAAGUCAUUGAAUGCGGAUAACUAUUGGUUAUAUACACAACGUGAUCAUAUUUUUGCCAGUGCGUUACAUAUCCGGAAUUAAAUAAUAAAAAAAAAGAUUUUUUAGUGUUUUACAAAUAUUUUUUUAUAUAUAAGAUAGAAUAAUCGAAUCCUGUGAGGUGCGCCCGCGCGGUACCACGCGUUUCGAGCGGGAAAAUUACAUUUUAAAUUAUUGUUUGGUCUGUUUCUAAAACCAGGACUAUAUCGGUCUCUCUGGGGUCACCGGGACAGACUGCCAGAGAACGGGACUGUCCCGUCCAAAGCGGAACGUAUGGUUAUGUUAUAGUAUAUAUACCUUAGUGAAAAGUGGGAGAAGUUAUGGUCGAAUGGAUCCCACCAUAGGUAAAAGGGUUAAGUAGUAAAGUUUCGUAUGUUAACGUUACCAUCAGACUAUUUCUUCUAUAUUAGUGUAGUCAUGGAGUUGUCAAAUAAAGAGACGUAACCUGGUUUUAAUUUUUAACAAAAAGUAUAAUUGUGUUUUGAAUGUGAUAAGUUCACGUUAAGAAAAUAACUUAGUCCAUACUUCAAAUAUCAACAUAAACAUGAAAUAUCUAUACAUAUCUAGGUGUUGUAGCUAUUUUUCAUUGUUACAAACUUAGAUUAAGGAUUGGUCUCCGCUGCGCUCCAACUAGAUACCUCAAUACCUAAGAACAAUAGCUUUUUUAUUCCGGCAACCAUUAGAUGCUUGUGUGCGUGGCAUCUUGACACUCAAUGGCAUCUUUCAAAUUUUGUAACAUACGCUUCGUGUUAUUUUACAUUGGAAUUAAUAAAAUACAAAAUACUUACUGAUGAUAAUAUGUGAUCCCAGUGUCUUUCUUAUUUCUUGUAUUCUUAGUAUUCUUUUUACUAAGUGUUACGAGGCAACCCGGCAUUGUAGUUUCAAUUAUUAUCAAAGUUUAACAGAACACGUGGCACGUCAACGUCACACGUCGUUCGAGACUGGCUUCGAGUACGUCCAAUUGGGCCUAGUAUUAGUUGCCGCACUUUGCGACUACGCCUGCGGUGUCUAGUUGGAGCGGAGCGGAGACCAAUCCUUGAUCCAAGGUUGAAAAUAUGUCCUUUGAGAGAGAUGUAGAAUUGUCGUGUAUAUAAAGGGCGAAUUCGUAUGUAUGUAUUUUGAUGACAGAUAGUAAUAUUAAAGGGACAUAAAUAGUUUACUUUUGUUCUGAUUUGAAAUUGUAAUGUUCAGAGUAGAUAGGAAAAAAUCUGUUUGUCGUAGGUAUUUGUACAAAUAUGUACCAAAAAAUGUCUGGUGUUUUCUGUGUCAGCUUUUUUUUCGACAAGAAACUGUGUUCGUUAAAUAGAUUUACAAUAUACUAGUUUAUAGUACAAAGAGUGACGAACAUUUCUAACGGAGAUACAGAAGUGGAAAGCGAAUAUCAUCAUCAUCAGCCGGAAGACGUCCGCUGCUAGACAAAGCCCCCCCCAAAGAUUUCCACGACGACGGGUCCUGCGCUGCCCUCGUCCAACGUAUUCCGGCGAUCUUGAGCAGAUCGUCGGUCCAUCUUGAGGGAGGCCUACCAACACUGCGUCUUCCGGUACGUGGUCGCCAGUCGAGGACUUUACAGCCCCAACGGCCAUCUCUCCGUCGAACUAUGUGCCCUGCCCACUGCCUUGACAAGUUGCCUUGACAGUCAGCCACACUUGGCAAUAACACAUUAGUAUUUUGAAUAUUAAACUAGCCACCGCUACGUAUUAUCGGGCUGUCAGGUCAUUUAUAUAACUAGUAUAUUCUAAGUCUGUGAUUCGUAUAGUGUUCUUUCCGAACAGAUGUUUAUACAGUUUAUUAUUUUAUUUAAAGUGACACAUCUUUUUAUUAUCUUUGAUUAACACGAGUGUUAUACAUUUAAAUAAAACACUUAAAAAUGAUUAAAACGCGUGUAAUUGUAACUGUUUUUACAUUAGAUUUUUGCGUAAAAGUUACAUUUUUAUUUUAGUUAACCCGACGUUUCAAGACCUUUCCAGAUCUCGUUUUCAGGGGGACUGCACAUGAAAUGAGUCAAAGAUAGUAUUUGUCAUAUUUUUCGUGAAGUUUAGCGCCAUUUAUUGCCUCGGAGGUGGUAUUUGCUGUAGACAGAUGGUUUUUGGCAAAUUUUACUGACAGUGUGCUCUUCUUUAUUGGUAUGAGUAGAUGUGGGUUUUAAUAAUCUAAUAAUCUCUAAAUUAAAAGCAGCUACAAAUACACGAGUAUAUUAAGUAUUAAUUAGUAAUAUUUGUUUUUAAACAAUUCGACACGUGUUUCGCCUCUACACGAGGCAUCCUCAGGACGUGUUGUCUCGCCUCGAUAGUAAAAGGUAAUGAGUCUCGUGCCAGAUUUUGGCGGAAUUAACACUUUAGAAAACUUAAAUCAUUUGUAUAAUAAUGGAUUUCCGCAAAGUAACGCCUACUUCAAUAAAUUUUCUAAAAAUACACGAGUUUUAAUCCUUUAAAAGUGUUUUAUUUAAAUAGACACAUAUUUUGAUAGAUACAAUAAGCAUUCUCACAUGCGCAGUAUGUAAAAAAAUAUGACUAAAAAAACAAAGUUGUGAAUGCAGUGUUAUGUACAUUGAUUUGUAUAUACUUAAUAUAAUUUGUAUAUUAGAUAGAGUUUGUAGCCGAAUUAUAAGCGCAAAAUGUAGAGUUAUAUUUUUCGAAUAUUUAUAGUGAAUAUUUCAAAUUAUACUCCUUUGUUGAUCUGUUAUAUCUGUUUUAUUUUUUAUUUAAUUAAAUAUUUAGAAAUGGA